AUGGAAGCACAGACGGUAACGACAAAACUCAAUGAAGCGCCUGAACAGUCAAUACAGAUAGAAGGUGGUUACACUUCAGCAUCGUCGGUGAGUCUAGAGACCCUUCUUCGUCGCGUUUCCACGACCACCGUGAACCUUCCACUGCUAGCCACCGCUCUCCUCCAGUCCGCUCUAGCCGCGGCUCUUUCCAAAAGUGCUCUCGAAUUUCUUCAUAUAGCAACACACACAACGCCAUCUGCUGAAUCACCUUUGGAUUUGAGAAUAAUGAAUCCACCAAACCCUCCAGAAAAUCUGGGAAGUUUGGGAACAAGCGAUCCAGAUAUCGCAGAACCACUGCCCCUGAUCAAGCGGCCAAAACUCACUGGCGAGAAGGAACAAAAGUCAUCAGAAACUGCCCAGCAUCCAUUUAUCCUCGUUAAUCCCUAUUUUCUACCAGUGAUCUCAGUGCAAGAUACAGAGACACCGCUGGAUUUUUCAAACCCCACGGAACAUCCCUGCACAUAUCCCGGUUGUAACAAGACAUUUCGUUAUAAUCACGCACUGAUAAACCACUACCGAAUCCAUACAGGUGAGAAGCCUUACUCUUGUGACUACCCUGGCUGUAAACAGGCCUUUGCGAGGCAAUCAAACCUCCUGACCCAUCGAAUGAUCCAUCUAAAUCGAGCGAUGCGCAAGACUUUUGCGUGCACGGUACCGGGAUGCGAGAAGAAUUUCCUAAAGAAAACCAACCUUGACGAUCACAUGAACUUGCACCUGAAUAAAAGGCCCUACAGUUGCGACUAUCCUAAUUGUGGAAAGUCCUUUCGAUGUCGAAGUAACCUGAGUGGACACAAGCGAGUGCAUGCGAGGGAGGCGGAAAAGGAGAAGACGAAUAGACCCUCGCCGUUGGAGAGGAAGAUCGACACAAUUCUGGCCAAGGCACGUGCCAGUGUUGCCAAUCAAUGUGUGAUGGAGGAGAGGAAUGGGGUGGAGGAAAGGAAGAGCGGAGAAAUUACACCUCAGUAG